AAUUUUACUUCCUGUUUACAUUUGUUAAAAAGGAAACUACACGUGCUUACAUUAGUAGAACCACAUUGAAGUCACAGGCUACUAAGAAAAGAAUUCAACCAGCAGCGCUUUCUGCAUUUUUAGAUUCCUCCCAAAUGAUAUAUUUUAUACAGUUAUCAGAAUUUCGAUGAGAUGAGUGAUGCCAAAAGGAUAUUUGUUGGUGGCCUCUCAAAAGAAAUAAAAGAAGAAGAGUUAACUGAACGCUUUCAAAGAUUCUGUGAAGUUUUAAAUGUGCAGAUUAAAAAGAAAAAAGUUGAUGAUGCUCCAGACAAGAUAUUUGCAUAUGUAAAUGUAAAAUCUACACCUGAAAAUUUGCAGAAAUGUAUAUCCUUGUAUGACAAGACAAAAUGGAAAGGAUCAGAACUAAGGUUACAGUUGGCAAAAGAGAAUUUUAUAACAAGACUGGAGAAUGAAAGAAAAAAUGGAUUUAUUUCGGAGGAAAAGAAACCUAGAAAACCUAUGCAUGAUACCGUUGAAUAUCAUAAUCCUUAUGAAAAUCUUCCUGAUCCAUCAAUUGCUGAAAUGAGAGGCUGUGUACCUGGUACAAAGGUUCCAGGGGAGAAGAACUGGGUUGUUGGAAAGUAUGGGAGAGUAUUACCAGUCGUGUAUAUCAGGAAUAAAGACAAGAAAAAAGUGUUAAAAGUAGACCCUUCAAAGUUUUGCCACAAUGUAAAAAGAAUGAAAGAAGAAGAGACUUCAACUGUGUCAACUGGAAAAAUUCUUACUUUAGAAAUGGAGGAUGUUGAUAGCGAGAUUUACAGAAAACGAAAGGGAGAAUUCCCAAAAUGGACCAAGAAACCGAACAAGCAGAAGAAAUAUGAUUUUGAGGCACUAAAGGAGAAGUACUUAAACGACAAAACUGAAAUAAAUUUAAACUUGAAUAAAGAACCUGACUUUGAGGUUGUUUCUGGGGAUGCCAUUGUAGAUCCACUUGGUCAGACAUUUGACAGUGAUGACGCUGAUUCAGACUCUUAUUAUACAUCACUGAAGGAUUCAAGGUCAAGGUCAUUUUCAAAAAAAGUUACUCCAGAAUCUUCUGAUGAAAGUGACUCGGAUGACAGCAUUAACAAAACUGUUUCUUGUAGUGUUGACAUAGCUGAAUCCAAAAUCAGGCAAAAUGGUGAAAUUUCUCCAAAAGACCCAGUGGAAAAUAUUGAUGUAUCGAAAUUGAGAUCCAAUACUCAGAACAAACUUCCAAGUAAUUAUGUCCAGGAAAAAAAGACAAAACCCAAGAUUCAGCCAUUUAAAGGAACUAAAAUAUUGUAUGAAAACACAGAAUCAGAUAAAUGCGAGGAUGCAAAUAGUUUAGAAAGUACUUAUAUUAAAGUUAUUGAUUCUAACAAAAAUAUAAAUGCAAAAAGUAAAAAAGAUGACAUAGUGAUUCAAAAGAAUAAAUCUAAUGAAACAGAAGGUCCAGCUACACCUUUGGUGCUAAAAGAUAUGAAGAAAUCACAAAAAAAGCCAUCACAAAUUGUUCUUCCUGAAGAUGAUGAUGGAAAUAUUUCUGCAUCAUCUGCAGAUACUGAUGAAAUAAUAAAUAAGUCAAAAUGUAUGUCACCCACAGAUGAUUCAGAUCGUAUGUUUAACAAUGUUUUUGAGUUUUCUCCAUUGCUUUCAUCUAAAGGAAAGAAUUCUGGGAAAAUUGAUGGAUCAAUAGUAAAUGAAUAUUCUAGUGGUUUGAUUGGAGGAGAAAUUCCUGAAGGUUAUGAAUCUAGUUAUAGCUAUUCAGCAGACGACAGCGAUGAUAGUGAUUUUGAAAAGUUUGCAAUGAAACAGUCACAGAAGGCUAAGGAAGUGAGUAAAAAAGAAACUGAAAAACAAACUCUAUCUAUGAAAAAGAAUAAAAUAGAAAAUUCUAGUCAAAAGACAGAUAAAGUUCUGGAAUAUUCUACAUUGAAUGUUAAAUCGGGAAUUGAAGGAAAAUCUGAUAAAGAUGUAAAUAAAACAAAAGACAGUAAUCCUUUAAUUAAUUCACAAAAUGAUUUAACUAAUAAAAUUUUAAAGGGAAAAGAUAUUGCAAAGGAAAAAGUAUCCAAGUCCCUUGUGAAUAAUGCUGACAAAUUAAAUGAAGAGGUGAGUGAAAAACAAAAUUUGUCCAGUAAAAGCACAACGAUAGAAAAGAAAAAAUUGUCCAAGUCUGUUGUAAAUAAUGAUGAGAAUUUGGAGGGAAAAGUGAGUGAAAAACAAAAUUUGUCCAGUAAAAGCACAACGAAAGAAAAGAAAAAAUUGUCCAAGUCUGUUGUGAAAAAUGAUGACAGUUUAGAGGGAAAAGUGAGUGAAAAGCUAAAUUUGUCCAGUAAAAGUACAACAAAAGAAAAGAAAUCUAACAAAGACAUCAAUGAGAAAAGACUAGAAUCUUUGAAACAGAAACAACAGGAAACCCUUGCUAAAAAGUCUGCCAUUCAAAAUGCUUUGGCUAAUAUUGAUGCUUCCAAUAGGUCAAACAAGAAGAUAAUAUUUGAUGAUAGUGAUAGUGAUAGCAUCGCCUCAGAGGUCAAUGCAAGUAGUGAUGAAGAAGAGGAUUCUACAGAUGACAGUAAUUUUGAGGAAGCAGUAAACAGUAAAACUUUUGAAAAGAAGAAUGUUCCAACAUUAUUUGAUAGUUCAGAGAGUGAAUCAACAGAUAGUGAAAAUGAUGAAAAAAUGUUCAAAAUACGACCAGAGUUUCAAGGCAGAUCAGGACAAAAGAGAAUGGAAUUACAGUCGCGCUAUGGUAAUGAUGAUAGAUUUAAACUGGAUGAAAAAUUCAUAGAUAGUGAAGAAGAAGACAUGGAAGAAGAUGUUCCAGAACCAACAGAGGAAGAUGAGAGAGCAAAAUCAUUGAAAAUUUUAGAACAAGUUGUUGGUACCAAAAUUAAACCAGAAAGGAAAGGAAAACUGUUUAGAGAUGUAUCAGCUUUACAUUUUGACCCUAGUAGAGAAGACCAUACACACUACGAAGUGCAAGUGGAAAGUCAACCAAAGAAAGACAAAAAGUCAUCAAAAAAGAAGAAAGAUGCUGAAGUCACUGAGAAUGAAGAAAAUGAAGAAGUUUUGCCAGAAGUUAGCAAGGAUAAGUUUUUUGAAGUUUCUGAUUCUCUAAAAGAUGCAUUUAAACCAAGCAGUAAAGAUUUAGAUGAACCAAAAGGAUUUUCUCUAUUAUCAGCAUUUGGCACUGGAACUUCCAAGGAAAAAGAUAUUGAAAAUGAUGAGAAUGCAGAAGAUAGUGGUAUGAAAACAUUGCAGCACAAAUCCAGUUUGUUUCCAUGGGAACAGCAGUUUGAUGAUGAAAGCAGUGAUUCUGAUAGGGGUGAUAGGAAUGAUAACUCUGAUGUCUCCAUGAGUGAUGAAGACAUAAAAGAGAAAGAACCUGUUGUUUUUAGCUCAGCAAAAUCCUUCUUUUUCUUCCAAGAAAAUGAUGAAAGAAUAUCUGAAGGAAUAAAAAAGUUUUGUAGACAGGAUGAUCUAGAAGUUGUCAAAGAUAAAUGGUUACAAAAAAGAGCAGAUCUUGUUGAGGCUUAUAGGACAAAACAUAAAAGGCUAUUACGAAAGAAGAAAAUAGAAGAUAAACAGGGCCAUAAGAAAGUAGAUGCUCACAAGAAACAUGCAGUUUUAAAAAAUAGAUAAAUUAUUAAUAUACGAAAUGUGUAAUAAUAUAUUUCAUUCUCUAAUAAAAUAAACAUGAAAUGA